GACCAGAAUUUCGUCAGCCCUGGCAGCACAACAAUAACAAAGCACCUUUUUGGUCGAGUGGCAACAUUGUUUUGCUUUAGACAGCAUGGCGAAAUUUCUGGGCAUAAAUCGCUUAGGUAGGCUUUUUCAGGCCAUACGCGAGGCUGGCGGUCUAAAGCAAGCCUACCUAAAGCUGUAUAGAAACGAUGAUUUGAAGACAGGCACAUUGGUGGGCAUUGACAAGUACGGCAAUAAAUACUUCGAGAAUGGGUACUAUUUCUACGGACGCAAUCGUUGGAUUGAAUUUGCACCACAUGUGAACAUGGACUACGAUGGCUCCCAGAUACCAGCUGAUUGGUACGGCUGGAUGCACUAUAAGACGGAUCUGCCACCUACACGCGAUGGUUGCCGUCCCAAAUACAAGUGGAUGGCGGAUCAUAGUGAGAAUCUGUCGGGCACCAAAGAGGCUUACAUGCCCUACACCACAACGACACCGAAAGUGGAAGCUUGGGUACCACCAGCGAAGAAAUAGUAAAUCAAGUCGUUAGCAUACCGAUAUUAUGUUUAAACUAAAAGUUAAUAAAUUUGCUUUGAUAGAGCUACUUUA